UUGUGGCCCUGAGCCUGGUACUUGUCUGGUCUCUGGAGACCUGUCCUCGCUGAUAAUCUGAGGUUCCAGGCUGAUAGGCAAAGUAAACACGGACAAUUCGCGUUGCUUUGCAUUAUUGUUGUGUGUAAACUGUCGUUGAAGCCGUCCUCCGUCACAAGUCGCCUGAAAGGGAUUGAAGAGGGGCGUCGACUGGCCACCAAGCUGAGCAUCCGUUCAUCCUUCCGUCGGAGGUCCUCUGCUCCUGCUAGCUGUAGCUUAGCCCGAAGGCAGCCCUCAAAAUGUCGGGUUACCAAGGAAAGAAGAACAUUCCCAGGAUCACAAGUGACCGGCUCCUUGUGAAAGGGGCGAAGAUUGUGAACGAUGAUCAGUCCUUCAUGGCUGAUAUCUACAUGGAGGAUGGCGUCAUCAAGCAAAUAGGAGACAACCUCAUUGUCCCCGGGGGAGUGAAGAUCAUCGAGGCCCAUGGGAGAAUGGUGAUGCCCGGAGGUAUCGACGUGCACACCCGUUUCCAGAUGCCCGACAGAGGCAUGGUGUCGGCUGAUGACUUUUACCAGGGCACCAGGGCGGCACUGGCCGGCGGGACCACCAUGAUCAUCGACCAUGUGGUUCCGGAGCCAGGUGUCGGUUUGGUUGCUGCCUUCAAGCAGUGGAGAGAAUGGGCCGACAGCAAGUCCUGUUGUGACUAUUCUCUUCACGUGGACCUCACUGACUGGAGCAAAGCCACUCAGGAAGAUAUGGAGACCCUUGUGAAAGAUCAUGGUGUCAACUCUUUCCUGGUCUAUUUGGCUUAUAAGGAUGUUUUCCAACUUUCUGACAGUCAGAUCUAUGAGGUGUUCAGCGUCAUCAGAGAUCUCGGUGCCAUAGCUCAGGUUCAUGCUGAGAAUGGAGACAUCAUCGCUGAGGAGCAGAGGCGCAUCCUUGAACUGGGUAUCACUGGACCGGAAGGUCAUGUCCUGAGCCGCCCAGAAGAGGUGGAGGCAGAAGCUGUGAACCGCUCAGUCACUAUUGCCAACCAGACCAACUGUCCGCUCUACAUCACCAAGGUGAUGAGCAAGAGUGCUGCCGAUGUCAUCGCUCUGGCCAGGAAAAAGGGUGCUGUGGUGUACGGCGAACCCAUUUCCGCCAGCCUGGGCACCGAUGGGACCCACUACUGGAGCAAAAACUGGGCCAAGGCGGCUUCUUUUGUCACGUCUCCACCACUGAGUCCCGAUCCCACCACGCCCGACUAUCUCAACUCGCUGCUGUCAUGUGGGGACUUACAAGUCACUGCCAGUGCUCACUGCACCUACCAAACAUCCCAGCGUGCCAUCGGUAAAGACAACUUCACUCUGAUCCCAGAAGGCACCAACGGCACUGAGGAGAGGAUGUCGCUGAUCUGGGACAAAUGUGUGGUGACUGGAAAGAUGGAUGAGAAUCAGUUUGUCGCUGUAACCAGCACAAAUGCCGCCAAAAUCUUCAACCUUUAUCCUCGCAAGGGUCGCAUCGCAGUGGGAUCGGACGCUGACCUCGUGCUGUGGGACCCCGAUGUCACCAAGAUCAUCUCGGCCAAGAGUCACAAUCUGGCUGUGGAGUACAACAUCUUUGAGGGAACAGAGGUGCGUGGAGGCCCUCUAGUGGUCAUCAGCCAGGGUAAAGUUGUGUUGGAGGAGGGAAACCUCCACACCACGGAGGGGUGUGGACGAUACAUCAGCCGCAAACCCUUCCCAGAUCAGGUGUACAAGAGGAUAAAGGCUCGCAGCAGGCUGACAGAGCUGCGAGGAGUUCCCCGUGGCCAGUACGACGGGCCAGUGUGCGAAGUCACCGUCACUCCGAAGAUCAUGUCCAUGGUCUCGUCUGUGAAAACGUCUCCCACCAAGCAGCAGCAGACACAGCAGCAGAUGACAGCUCAGCCUGUGCGCAACCUUCACCAGUCCGGUUUCAGUCUGUCGGGAGCCCAAAUUGAUGACAACGUUCCCCGUCGUACGACUCAGCGCAUCGUGGCGCCCCCUGGAGGAAAAGCAAACAUCACCAGCCUGGGUUAGGCCGAUGACUCCGCUGCUCCAGGGAGGGGUCACUCUUUGCACUGUCAUCCCACAUAUGGUCCGCCCCUGCUCCCAGACCCCAGGCACCACAUUCACUUUUAUCCACUCUGUUUCUUACAGAAAAAAACUUUUUUUCAAUCAUAUUACUUGAUGUUUUUUUUUUAUUUAAUUAAUUGAGCUAAUGUGUUCUGUAGUACUGAGGCUGGAGGUUACCAUCUUGGGUGCCAAGUUUUCUAGAUCUAUGUACUAAUAUGAAGGAUCAUUUCCCGCGACUCUUCACCUGAAUUUGCAAUCGAAUGUGCAGGUGGUCAUGUAACAGUGCCACCCUCCACUGGAAGUUGAGCUUCUGUCACUAGAAAGUAUCACAUUUUUAUACAAACCCAAUUGAGUAGAAAACACUUUUUGCAUCGCAUGCAUUCACAUGGCCAUCUUGUUCACCGGCUGCGCUCAGUUUAGCUCAGCAUUUCAUCUCGUUUUUCCUCAACUCUGUUCUUUUUCCAUUCUCUUUUUGUUGUGUAUCCAGUAUGAUGACUGCACUGAAAGGAAAAGAAGGGUAUUGAUGCUUUAAUGACCUUAUUUCUGGUUUACUUCCAGUCGAUUCAUUUGCUUAAACAUUGAGACACAAUUGAGCGAGCUGUCAUCUCCACAUCUGGUGCUACACGACUAUUUCUAUAUAUUAUAUUUAAACAGAAAAUCUGGUGACUAUUUUAAAUAUAUUGAAGCUAAAAAAAAAAGUGGAUGUCUGUGUUGUGUGGUUUUCCAAAUACUUCAAA